UGACGGGAUAAGUUGAUUUAGCGGUUUGCAACUUGUAAAUUGAAAACAAUUUCAAUAAGAUUCGAAGCGAAUAAAAUAAACAUGUUAUUGCUUUGAUUGAUUGCUAAAUUACCAGAUUGAUUGAAAGAGCAAAAAAGAAAUAAAAAAGAGGCAUAAUAUAAAAACUAAAAAUGCCUAAGAAAAAGACAGGACAAAGAAAAAAAGCUGAAAAACAAAAGCUACGCCAAAAAGAAAUAAGAACAGCUAAAGAUCAAUUAGAUUUAGCAAAAGUUCCAUGUAAUACAGUGAUGGAAUGUGAUAAAUGUAACAAAAAACAAAAAAGUCGAGCAUUUUGUUACUUUUGUAGUAGUACUCAAAGAUUGCCAAUUUGUGCACAUUGUGGAAAAAUGAAAUGUAUGUUAAAAACUGGAGAUUGUGUUAUAAAACAUGCUGGUGUUUUUACUACUGGCAUGGCAAUGGUGGGGGCAAUAUGCGAUCAUUGUGAAGCUUGGGUAUGUCAUGGAAGAAAAUGUCUUACUUCUCACGCUUGCACGUGUCCACUAAUGGAUGCCGUAUGUCAAGAAUGUGAACGAGGAGUAUGGGAUCAUGGUGGAAGGAUAUUUAAAUGUUCUUACUGUGAUUGCUUUCUUUGCGAAGAUGACCAAUUUGAACAUCAAGCUUCUUGUCAAGUUUUAGAGGCUGAAAACUUUAAGUGUCAAUCAUGUAAUAAAUUAGGUCAAUACUCUUGUCUAAGAUGUAAAACGUGUUAUUGCGAAGAUCAUGUGAGAAGAAAGGGCUUUAAAUAUGAAAAAAAUAAACCAAUUCCUUGUCCUAAAUGUAGUUACGAAACAUCACAAACAAAAGAUCUUAGCAUGUCAACUCGAAGUCAUAAGUUUGGUCGACAAAAUCAAGCUGGAAAUUAUGAGUCUGAUGAAGAAGGAGGAAAUAGUAGUUAUGGAUAUCAAUAUCAUCAUGUUACCGAUGAAGAUGAUGAUGAUGAUGAUGAUGAGGAUGAUGAUGAUGAUAAUGAUGAAGAAGAGUCUGAAGAUGAAACAUCAGAUGAUAGUGACAAUGAAGAAAAGAGUGACGAUAAAGACAAGAAAGCUAAUUAAAAAAAUCAGAAUUAAAAGAUAAAGGAUACUAUUAAAUUGUAUAUUCUAAAUAUUUAAAUUAAUUAACUUCA